CUAUUCGCCCUCCCGAGGCCGACCCUUUGCCGGGCAGGAGGCAGCACGGACACUUUUCCCUGAAACACCUCCCGGGCCCUGGCAACGGCCGCGCUUGGCAACCGGGCUGCGGGCCCGGGCCGGCGGGGGAGGAGGAUGAAGCAGGCGCUGGUGGACGACACCGAGGAUGUGUCCCUCGACUUCGGGAGCGAGGAGGAGCUGGCGCUGCGGAAAGCGAGGAUAAGGCACCCACUGGCCACUUUUUUCCACUUGUUCUUCCGAGUGAGUGCCAUUAUUACCUACUUGUUCUGUGACUGGUUCAGCAACAGCUUUGUUGCCUGUUUUGUCACUAUUCUCCUCCUUCUAUCUUUUGACUUUUGGUCAGUUAAGAAUGUGACAGGAAGACUCUUGGUUGGUUUACGUUGGUGGAACCAGAUUGAUGAAGAUGGAAAAAGCCACUGGGUGUUUGAAGCAAAAAGAGUGCCUACAAUAGCUGCCUCAACUGAAGCUGAAGCUCGAAUCUUCUGGCUUGGCCUCAUUAUCUGUCCAGUCAUUUGGACAGUGUUUUUCUUUAGCACCUUGUUCUCCUUGAAACUGAAAUGGCUGGCUCUUGUGAUAGCUGGGAUCUCCCUUCAGACUGCUAAUUUAUAUGGCUACAUCCACUGCAAAUUAGGGGGACAAAAAAGCAUCAGCAGACUAACUUCAAGGCUUUUUGUCACAGAUAUUCCCAAGAGACAGACAAGGAGGAUUUCAGAAGAUCCCAUUGAAGAACAUGGGAAGACAGGCACUAGAUAAUCAAAUGAGGAAGCACUAAAAGGAUGAGCAGUGAAACUACUCAGUUGGGAAAGCUGCUGUCCAUGUGAAGAUAUUUAAGUAAAAGCUGUUCUAUAAUUAUGCCUGCAUGAAAUAAAGAUUUUGUGUCGUGUUUGAGUAUUAAACCUUUCAGAAUCUAAAGGGCCUUUGUUACUUAAUUUUCAUCAAAAACCAGUUUCUCUAGGCACAAUAAUAGAGCACACUUGCUGAAGAAAAAAAUGUCAACUACUCCAAAACUGUUGGAUUGUCUUAAACAAGAAUUAAAAUGUAAUCAAAAGACGAUGCUCAAUUGCAUAACUUUAGAGCUGCAAUAAACAAAAUCAAACUGCCUUUCCCUCUUGUGUACAAUACUGAUUUCUCAGAGCUUUGAUUCCACAAUAAAAGAGGAAUUACA